CUGCUCUCACCCUGGUAACAGCGGCCGCUGCAGAGCCGCCCCCGGCCCGGCACCCCCGCGGCACCAUGCAGGGGGAGGACGCCAGAUACCUCAAGAGGAAGGUGAAAGGAGGUAACAUAGAUGUACACCCUUCCGAAAAGGCCCUUAUUGUUCAUUAUGAAGUGGAAGCAACCAUUCUUGGAGAAAUGGGGGACCCCAUGUUGGGGGAGCGAAAGGAGUGUCAAAAAAUCAUUCGGCUGAAGAGUCUUAAUGCAAACACAGACGUUGCUUCCCUGGCUCGAAAGGUGGUGGAAGAAUGCAAGCUCAUUCACCCCUCCAAGCUAGCAGAAGUGGAGCAGCUGCUGUACUACCUGCAGAACCGUAGAGAUGCCUCUUCCGGGAAAGAAAAGAAAGAGAAAUCUAGUAAACCGAAAGAUCCACCACCUUUUGAAGGAAUGGAGAUUGAUGAAGUAGCCAAUAUCAAUGACAUGGAUGAGUACAUUGAGUUACUGUAUGAGGAUAUUCCUGAUAAGGUGCGUGGCUCUGCCCUUAUCUUACAACUCGCCAGGAACCCUGAUAAUUUGGAAGAAUUGCUGCUCAAUGAAACUGCCCUGGGUGCAUUAGCCAGAGUGCUGAGAGAAGACUGGAAACAAAGUGUGGAACUCGCUACUAAUAUUAUUUAUAUUUUCUUUUGCUUUUCAAGUUUUUCUCAGUUUCAUGGACUAAUCACACACUACAAAAUUGGAGCUCUGUGUAUGAACAUCAUAGAUCAUGAGCUGAAGAGACAUGAGCUCUGGCAGGAGGAACUCACCAAGAAGAAGAAAGCUGUUGAUGAAGAUCCUGAGAAUCAAACCCUGAAAAAGGAUUAUGAGAAAACCUAUAAAAAGUACCAGGGGCUGGUUGUCAAGCAGGAACAGCUGCUGCGAGUUGCUCUUUAUCUGCUGCUGAACCUCGCUGAGGACACACGCACAGAACUGAAGAUGAGGAACAAGAACAUUGUCCACAUGCUAGUGAAAGCACUGGACCGAGAGAACUUUGAGCUGCUUAUUCUGGUGGUGUCUUUCCUGAAGAAACUUAGCAUUUUUAUGGAGAACAAAAAUGACAUGGUUGAAAUGGAUAUUGUGGAAAAACUGGUGAAAAUGGUACCAUGUGAGCAUGAAGACCUGCUGAAUAUCACCCUUCGACUUCUACUGAACCUCUCCUUUGACACGGGCCUGAGAAACAAGAUGGUCCAAGUUGGGCUGCUUCCCAAACUUACUGCACUUCUAGCAAAUGAAAGCUACAGACAGGUAGCAAUGUGUGUUCUGUAUCACAUAAGCAUGGACGACCGCUUUAAAUCGAUGUUUGCGUACACAGACUGUAUACCACAGUUAAUGAAGAUGCUCUUUGAGUGCCCUGAUGAACGCAUUGACCUGGAGCUCAUUUCCUUCUGCAUUAACCUUGCUGCUAACAAGAGAAAUGUGCAGCUUAUCUGUGAAGGAAACGGAUUGAAGCUGUUAAUGAAGAGAGCUCUGAAGUUCAAAGAUCCAUUGUUGAUGAAGAUGAUCAGGAACAUUUCACAACAUGAUGAGCCAACUAAAAACCUGUUUAUUGAUUAUGUUGGUGACUUAGCAGCUCAAAUCUCUAAUGAUGAAGAGGAAGAAUUUGUGAUAGAAUGCCUGGGAACACUGGCUAAUCUGACCUUACCUGACCUGGACUGGGAGCUUGUGCUGAAAGAGUACAAACUGGUUCCAUACCUCAAGGAUAAACUAAAACCAGGUUCUGCAGAAGAUGACCUUGUCUUGGAAGUGGUGAUCAUGAUUGGAACUGUAUCUAUGGAUGACUCCUGUGCUGCUAUGCUGGCCAAAUCUGGAAUUAUUCCAGCACUCAUUGAACUUCUAAAUGCUCAGCAGGAAGAUGAUGAGUUUGUCUGCCAAAUCAUCUAUGUCUUUUACCAGAUGGUCUUCCACCAAGCCACCAGAGACGUCAUCAUCAAGGAGACCCAGGCUCCAGCAUAUCUUAUAGACCUGAUGCAUGACAAAAAUGCUGAGAUCCGCAAAGUCUGUGAUAACACACUGGAUAUUAUAGCGGAAUAUGAUGAGGAGUGGGCUAAGAAGAUCCAGAGUGAGAAAUUCCGAUGGCACAACUCUCAGUGGCUGGAGAUGGUAGAGUCUCGACAGAUGGAUGAGAGUGAGCAGUACCUGUAUGGGGAUGACUGCAUUGAGCCCUACAUCCAUGAAGGGGAUAUUCUAGAAAGACCUGACCUUUAUUAUAAUUCAGAUGGCAUGAUAGCCCCCGAUGGAGCAGUGAGUCCAGAUUUCUUCAGUGAUUAUCAUCUCCAAAAUGGAGACUUAGUCGGGCAACAUCCCUUCUCCAGCAGCAUUGGAGUGGAUGGAUUUGGUCAGCCAGCUGGUAUUCCUGGCCGUCCUGCGACUGCGUAUGGAUACCGUCCUGAUGAAUCUUUCUACUAUGGCUAUGGUACCCGAUAGAGCAGCCCUCUGCAUACGUUAGGGUGCUGUCUUCCUGCUCCAUUAGAAACCAGUUGUAUGUAGCUGACUUUAGAGCACUCCCUGGUAAUGCAUGGUUAUACUGGAAUGGGUCUGCGUGAUAUGUAUCCUUUGGUAUGUGUUAGCUCUAGAUAAACCUAACCCUUUCUGGUUCUAGCGUUUUAAACACAGACUGUGUUCACCCCUCAGUUUCUCUCUUUAUUAUAAUUUUUGUACAGUGUUUGCCAUGUGAUUUGAAAGCAAGUAUUGAAAAGCUACUAGACUGGAAAGUAAACAUUACAUUAUGUAUAUUAAGCAAGUAAUUUAAUUUCUAUUAAAAAGAAAA